AUGCCACAAAAGACAUUAUCGCAGAGAGACCCUCACAGGGCCAAUCUGUCGACGAAACCAUCUCUGCUGGAAAAUGCGGCAGGCAGCAAAGGUAUUUCCGCUAUCGAUGGCAGUGGUGCUGGUGCCACAACAUCCUUUACUAAUGGCAAGCCAAGUCUUGACGGGCUUACUGGAAAAUCUCCCCUUUCUACCAUUUCUUUUGGGGAUCAUCACGCCAAUCUGUGUCGUGGGGCGAGGCCUGUUUGUCGGAUCCGCCCAACCAGUGCUGUGAUCCAAGGAGGCUCUGUGGCUCACAUCAACCGUCUGCAAGGAGAACUCGUGAGAAAAAGGAAGGAAUGCGAGGACCUGAAGAAACAGAACAAAUGCUUGUCAAACGAGCUGCAUUUGGAAAGAAUUUUUAUGAAAUCGGAAAGCGAGGUGGGCAUGAGAAAUCUCAGAAAUAUAAAUCAUGGCCUGCAAACUCUAGUUAAAGAGCUGUGGAAUAAGAAACCCCUUUCUAAUACUGUAUCCACAUGUUCUUUUGCUCAUCAGCUGAAGCAGAAGCUGAAUACCUCUCAGCAGACAGCGACAAAAUACUCCAAGCUUGUGGAGGAGGCCUCUCUGGCGCAGGCAGAAGCUGAGAAAGGACAAGCGGAGGCUGAAGCCCAGGAGAAGUUGUGUCGGGAGCAGCAUGAAGCAGUUCAGCUGGAGAACAUCAGCUUAAAAGAAGAGACCCAGCAGCUGAAGAGAAAGUUAACCGAAAUGCAGCAGCUGUUAGCACAAGUGGAAAGGAGCCACUUUGAAAGUCAGAUGAAACUAGAGAGAAUAACAAUGGAGAGGGAAGUCAUCCGUGAGGAAAAGCGAUAUUUGGAGCACGAAAGAAAUGAACUAAAGCAGAAACUGAAAGGAACACUAGAAGAGAAUUUGAAGUGUAAAGAAAGUGAAAUCUCUCAAAGAUGUAGAACAGAAGCUGCUGAAGAAGCUUUAGAGAAAGCAACUUUGCUUCAUUACGAGGCAGAAAGGGGGAAGCGCUUGCUAGAACGGGACAUAGAAGAGAAGGAAAAACAGUGUGGGAUGUGGAUGAAGAAAUAUAGUGCCAUGGCAGACCUCUGGCAAUCCCAAGAGGAAGAAAAAUCAAGAAGGCAAAACAAAGCUUGUCAGGUGAAAAUGAAGAGCUAUUUCUUGUGUAUCAAUGAAAGCAAUGAGCACAUAACAGUAUUAAGAAAUGAAGAUGGAACUCCACAGAGAUUUGCCGAAGGAGAGCAAGUUUGUUUUUCAAUCCCUGGUGUUGACAAUGAAGAAAAGGCCAAGAGCACUGACAGGAUUUUGCACAGAGUUGUUGCACCCAGUUCAAACCCUGGACAUCCUCAGAUGUGUGGACUUUGUCCUGCUGAACUGCAGGAGAGAACACCAGCUAGAAGAGGCAGGAAAAUCAUUGAAUAUUUCUGGUUUCCAGUUGAUGGUAAUACUGAAGAGUGAUUGGAGAAGAAAUAAAAAUAUAACCAAUGAUGGGGGGUG